GCUGCCGGGGAAGAAGAAUCGCCGCCUCAAGAGCGAGAUGCCAGCGGUGCUGCUCCCUCGCCUGAGCUGGGCCACGACCACCGACGAACGACAAUGCCUGGCGCAUUUCCAGGGCCGUAUUGUCCCCAACAUGCACGGGUUGUUCAGGUCUCCCUUGUGGGAAGACGUUGUGACGCGCAUCUGUCACUUCGAACCGGCCGCCUACCACGCCACUGUCGCUCUCAGCGCCUUGCAUCAGGAGGCCGAGCGCUACGGCAUUCUGGCGCCCGCCCAGCGCCGCGCAAAUGCCUGGUACACCUUCUCCAUAGAGCAGGCCGUCCGCUCCUUCUCCCUCUUGACGAGGCGACAGAUGUCACAAGACCCCUAUCUUUACCAGGUCAUUGCGCUGUGCUGUCUGCUGUUUGUCCUGCACGGCUGGCUACAGGGCGAAUAUGACACUGCCUUCACCCAUCUGCGUAGCGGCCAGCAGAUCCUGCAGAACUUCCAUGCCAUCGUGCGUCGUCACGGCUGGUCCUGGUCCUCGUGUGAUUCGUCCGCCAUGGGUACGCUGGCCACCGGCUUUGCCCACCUGGAUAUCAAUUGCGCUUUCUUCGGGACCCAAGGCCCCGCGUACUGCGUCGAGGACAACCUGGCUCGCCAGCCUGGGCAGUUGGAGGAGUCUGCUACGUUCUACAGUCUAUACGAGGCGCGCUAUGCUCUCGACAGUGUGAUCAGCGAUGCCAUACGGUUCCUGACGUGGUGUUGGUCCCAGGACCAGAUUGAUGCGGCAGACAAGCCCCUGCGGUUGAUGCAGCUGCAGCGGCUCCUUCGGCGACUGGACCGCUUUGCCCAGCCUUUCCAGCCCUUCUAUCAGCAGUCCUGCGCGCAGCUGCAGGAGCAGACUCAACGUGGUGCCGACGAUAUUUGUCUCCUGCAUCACACCAUCGCGGCCUCCAUCCGUACCUGUGUCCUGCAAUGCGAUCCCGCCGUGUUCCAUAUCUAUUACCCCAACUUUCGAACAUACUGGGAACAGGCGGAUCAAGUCCGUCGCCGCAUCCCCGCGCGUCCCAGCGUCACCAUCAACACUGGCGUCAUCCCGCCGCUGUUUCUGGUGUCCAUCGGAUGUCCGGAUCCCGCCAUUCGCUCGCUGGCCGCCAAGGCCCUUGCCUGUUGGCCUCAACAGGAGGAUGCGUUCCAAUCCUACCUGAGGUCCGCUCUGUCGUUGGAGUACAGCAAAAUCGCGAAGAUCUUGAAAUGUAAAUCCACCCAGGGGCCGCCGCCAGGCGGCUCGGUUGUCCGGAUUCCAAUUGUGGGUAGUCAGGCGAAAACAAAAUAAGCCAUAGACGAACUACUUUAUCUGGACCGAAUUUAUUGAUCAUGCUGUACUUUGCUUCUUGUCGCCUCUUUUCCUCUUUUUGCCCUCUCUCCUUUACUUCUCUCCGCCCGUCCGCUCCUUUCUCCUCUCCUCUUUUUUAACCACCUCUUCAUUGUCCUCGUAUUUCUUCCUUUCUCUCUUCCGUCUCUCUUACCGCCUUUCUCACACUUCAUUCUCUCCGUAUAUUUCAGCGAGAUCGAACAUAUAUAAUAAUACAUAACAAGCUCUUCGACACAGCCAGAAAAGUGUAUUAUAUCUCAUUACUAUUUUACUGCCUGUACAUGAUUCGGUGGUUCUGAACUCAUCAGGCGUCUAGAUGAUUGCAUUCUGUUUGGCCUCUUUGAUGAGCCUUGGCUCGCUUUCCAUGAAUACCAAUUUCUGUUCUCUGCAUUCAACCUACUGGAGCAUGAAGCCAAAUAUGCCAAACUCAUUACCCAUCCUUAUUCAGAUACCAACAAGAAAGACACAGGAACAUCUAUAUCACAC